AACACGACACUGUGACUUUCACUUGAAAUUUUUUAAAUUUUAAAACUUUGGACAGCAAAAUGUAAUGUUUCAGGCUUAAAACCUCUUUGUGAAACAAUUAACUAAUGGUUGUUACCAAGUGUUACUUAUGAUGAGACAUAUCAGAAGGGGGUGUGUUACGUAACAGAAACAUGUCCUUCCCUAACUGGGUUAUCCAUGCCAGUGCUCUGGGAACAGUGGCCCUAGGUUCUCUUCUCUUAAGAGAUUACCUUUCUGGUAAGGUGUAUAAAGGAGAGGAAAUGUUACUGGGGAAAACUGCUAUAGUGACAGGGGCUAACUCAGGGAUAGGAAAGGAGACAGCAAAGGACUUUGCUAGAAGAGGAGCUAAAGUAAUCCUGGCUUGUCGAGACUUGGAGAAGUGUGCGGCGGCUCAGGAUCUCAUCAAACAGGAAACACACAACCAGAAGGUGUUCUGUAAAAAACUCGAUCUCGCCAGCUUCAAGUCCAUCAAAGAGUUCACUGAUGACAUUAAAAAAGAGGAAAAAUUUUUGGACAUCCUAGUCAACAAUGCAGGAGUGAUGCACUGCCCUUACCAGAAAACUGAAGAUGGGUUUGAGUACCAGCUGGGAGUGAAUUAUCUUGGUCCAGUCCUUCUCACUAUGUCAUUACUGGAUCUUCUCAUUAAGUCUGCACCCAGUCGUAUCGUUAAUGUAUCAAGCAGUGUUAGCCAGGCGGGACAUAUAAACUUCAGUGAUCUCAACUCAGAGAAUGGCUACCAUCUGACUCUCGCCUACAACCAAAGUAAACUGGCUCUCUUGAUGUUUACAAAGGAGCUGUCUAAACAUUUAAAAGGUAAAACAUAGAACUUUGGACCUCAA